AUGAUAUACAAAGCAGAUCAUCUUAGGCCUUCAGGUCGCUAUUUCCUCACCCGUCAUGGUCAUCGUGUCGCCAUAUAUAACAAGAAUGGAAUAAUGCCAAGCAUGACCAAAGCUAUCAAAGGACCAGAAACUGUUAGAAGAAGAAAAAUGGCAACGAUGAGAAGAACAUUUUUUUCCAUAGAUCCUAUUUUUGGAGCACCAGAAGCGUCAGGGGAAGGGCAAUUUGGUUGUGACCUUGAUCUCAUCGUCCGACCCAGAGUGGUUGUCAUUGAUGCUUGA